GGAGGAGGGGGGAGAGGGAGCGGCGAGAGGGGUGGCAGCGGCGGUGGUGUCGGCGCGGAGGAGGUCAGUGUGGCUGAGCGCGCCGUGGCGGUGGGACUUGUACGCGGCAGCAGGAAGUGAUCUCGUGGUCGCGUUCCCUUACUCGGGGUCACAAAUCGCCCGUGUGGAUUAUCGGCGCAAGGAGAGUGCAGGAUUCCUAUUGUUAACUAUAAGACACUACGCCGAGACGCUCAUCGCAACAGACAAGAAACAGCGACAAAUAAGUUAUCAAAAUGGCAGCGAUGAGCCGCGGCCUGGCCACUGCGCUCCUGGCCACCGCGCUUUGCUGCCUGGCUCAGGGACAGCACGGAAUCGCCGAGUCCAGGUCCCUUCGCGUCCAGGGUGCCCCCGAUACGCAUGGAUUUCACGGUGUUCAGAGAUUUCGGCAACUGCUGAAGAUUCACGAGAACCGCCACAAUCUUCCCGGGGGCGUGAUACUUGCGCGUCCACCUCAGGCGCCCACGCCCCAUCCCGCCGCCCACGAGUUUUUCACGACUCCAGCCCUAUCAUUCCCUGUAAACUUGUCGAGUCUUACACGACCGCCCGCGGCAGACACGCCCCUCCCUCCUCGUGAACAUCACCAGCAGGAGGCGCAGGGAUCUCUAGGCCUCUCGCCCGCCCUCGAGUCGCCAACCACGUCUCCACAUGGCGUGCCUCAGCCUGCCCAGUCACCCCCCGGAUCGCAGGCGCCCUUACACUCCUUGUCUCACUUCGAGUCUACAAGAGUGGCCCACCCAGCGCCCGAGGCCCCGAGAGCGCCCGAGAUUCCGGCUCAUCUGCCCCUCGACCUAGUCAGCCGCCUCAAGGAGUACCCCAACCUGGAGGAGUCCCUCAAUCAAGCGCCAUUACCGGCCUCCAUGCACACCUUCUUCGAACCAACAAUACAGGUCAGGGCUGAGGAGGUCAGUGACGAGGAGUGGGGCCAGUACCUGGAGAGCGAGUGGGAGAGCCAUGGCAUCGUGCCCUCCUUCCUGCCCCGCCCCCCUCCGUACCUCAUCAACGUGAACUAUGGUGACCACUUGUGCGUGCACUUGGGUUCACUUAUUACGCCGGCCCAAGCAAGACACCAACCCAAGGCUUUGCAAUUCCCGGGAGAGUCGGGUCGGUAUUACGCCCUUCUGCUGUUGGACCUGGACCACCCUGCGAAGCCCUACGUCAACUGGAUGCUGGUCAAUAUCCCUCACAAGCAGCCACAGAAGGGUACGGAGGUGGUGCAGUACGACCCCCCACGACCUGCUCAGGGAUCGGGUUCUCAUCGUGUGGUGUUUCUGCUGUACCUCCAGCAGGCCGCUAUCCCUCCUGAUGACCCUGCGCUUCCUAAGGCCAGGUCAUGUCAGAAAUCCGGUCGAGAUGUCGUGGAUCUGGACGCGAUGUCACGUGACCUGGGGCUGAAGGGUCCCGUGGCAGGGAACUAUUUCCUGGCCGAGUGGGACGUCACGGUCGAACACAGCUGCACUCCGCCUCGCCAGUAGUGCACUCGCGCCCGCACCUGCUUCCAGUUCGUCCAGCUUACUUGCCUGUCUACAAAAAUCACCUAAUCACAUCAGAGAUGCGAAGGGCAGUUAAGCAACGCGCUGUUGCAUCCACUUGCCCACGCCACAGCUGGUGGCAUCGUCAACGCUCCUCACCAACGCCCUUGCCAGCUACAGUGUAGGUGUUGUCUCGGUAACUCCAAUGUUUAAAAGUUCUAUCGAAUCCCAUUCUGAUGGAAUUUAAAUAAAUAAUGAAUUCCUAGUUGGAGUAAUUAUUUUUAAAAGCUGGCAAUGUAACGAUUUCCACGGUGGGUACAAAUUAUAUCAAAAAUGAAUUAUCUAGUCUUAUCAUACACAAUUACAUUGUAAAAACAAACAAUUACAAUUACAUAAAGUAACCCCCCCCAAAAAAAAAAAUAUAUAUAUAUGCAAAUAUACAUAAAACUAAUUCCUAAAUCAUAUCUAUAAAUACGCAAAAUAAACACUCGAAUAAAUAAAUGUAAGUUAACCAAUAUAUACGACUUUUCAUUUGCCUCUCCUGCCGUCACGCAAGACUCGGCACCACCCGCGAGGCCUAGCACGCCUCCUCGCCUCAGCCUACACGGCGCGGCCCUCCUGUCCGGCCCCACUGCCUCGCUGCGGGGAGGAUGGUAUUACAAACAACGUCCACAUGUAUAUGCAUGCAGGUAGAAUUACAAAUACCCACGAUCAAAUUUGACAGGGGGAAUAUACACACAUUUAUGCAGUAUGUAUCUGCACAUGUGUACUGUUUUUUUUUUUUUUUUGUAAAAAGCGUACACAUCCCACCUAAACUGAGAGGGAGAGGGAGAGAAAAGGAGAGAGAGGGAAUGCCUAUGUAUCUUUUCCAUAUGUAUUCCGCAUACCAAAAGUCUUCUUCCUUCCCUCCCUUUCCCCCCAUUUCGCAACCCCAUCAAUCUAUUCGACUUCUUUUUCCACGCAUUUUUCCCACACCUCCCCGCUCUCCUUUUUCCUUCUCCCCUCCGCUCACGCUAUCCCCGUCCAUUCCUAUCCGCUGCGUCAGGCCCCGUCCCUUCCCUCCCCUUGCCUUCCGUAAUGAAAUACCCGUCCUUCAAUUAACUGGUCACAGAAUACUUCACAUGUAUUAUGUCAAGAGAGAUCCGCCGCAAGGAAUAAUGUUAAAUUGGAAGAGCCAUUUGGUCGGUCCUCCUCUGCCGUCCCGCCAUAUUCUGGCCUCUCGAUCCGGGACUAUGCGAAAAGGAACCUUAAUGACGUCAUGUUGGUUAAGAACUUUUGCUGAGUAUUUUCCCUUCUCUGGGGGGUCUGUAAACAUGACAUUUAAUGAAUGUAUUUUUCUGCUUCGAAAAAGAGAGAGAAAAUAAACAAUGGCAGUUUUUUAAAAUGUCUUCAAAUUCCGUCUAAUAACGUUCAGACUUUAUAGAUUUGAAAGCGAAGCUCACAGCGCUGCCGGCGAAGCCCUAAGAGCGGUAUCGUCAGUCUGGAGCCGAGAUGCGCGACUUAUUUCCUCCUUGAUAAUAUUGUCUUGGUUUCCGACAUCCAGCCCGGCGUACGAGUACUCGAAAGUGGAACACACUUUCGAGAGCGAGACUGAUCAGGUAACGCCAUUUCUUCUUCUUUUAGCUACGGUUUCCAAGACUCCAAUUAGUACCGAAGUGGCAGAAGCCCAUCCUAACAGUAUCAAAGUUGACUAAUACACUUUUCUUGACGCCUGUGCCGCCCCCUUUCUGUCUCUCACUUCCCACUUCGUUCCAUUUUCUCUCUGUUCUUCUAUAUUUUCUUGUUUCUCACCUUUCCGAUGUCCUCCUUUAAGAUUCCGUUUGUCUUUAUUACUCGCGUUUUCCUCCAGUAAGGGG